AUGGAUAUUCCACGCCUGAUUAAUUCGAUUGGCUGGGGUGAUAUACUCCCUAAUCGUAAUUUUGGUUUUCGGCCUGAGGCUGUAAGGAUGUUCUAUGCGAACAUGAAGCCAUGCUUCCAAAUCUCCCCACCCUGUUUUACUACGAUAGUUUACAACUAUCUGAUCACUAUCAAUGUGGAACUCUUGUCACUGCUUCUUGGAAUUCCCGUUGCUGGUGCAGAAGUCCAGAAUGAGUCUGACUUUCACUCAGUUGACUUGAAUGAGGGGGAUGCCCUGCGACUGUAUACUUGUGAUACUGGUCUCUAUUACCCUUCUGACUUCCAUUCUAGGAGACUUCCUGAUGAUCUCAAGGUUUUACACUUCUACAUCACGAGGGCUUUUCUACCUUGA